UUCAAAAUUCAAACUUAUAAACCUCCCCCAAGUGCCCUCCAAUUCUAUACCCUCCUUUGUUGCUUUCUAUCUUAUAGAAGUUUUUGAAUUUUUCAGAGAGAGAGAGAGAGAAAUCUAUGGGCUUCUACUAAUGGAGCUAAAGAAUUCAGGGAGGAGCUAGGCUUUGCUAGGAGUGUGAAGAAAAGGAAUUGGACUUCAAACAUGAGUACUGCAAGAUUCAUCAAGUGUGUCACAGUUGGAGAUGGAGCUGUUGGAAAGACUUGCAUGCUAAUAUCUUAUACUAGCAAUACCUUCCCCACAGAUUAUGUACCUACCGUGUUCGACAACUUUAGUGCCAAUGUGGUGGUUGAUGGCAGCACAGUUAACCUUGGAUUAUGGGAUACUGCAGGACAGGAGGAUUAUAACAGGCUGAGGCCUUUGAGUUAUAGAGGUGCAGAUGUGUUCUUGCUGGCCUUCUCUCUCAUCAGCAAAGCCAGCUAUGAAAAUAUCUCUAAGAAGUGGAUUCCUGAGCUGAGGCAUUACGCCCCUACUGUGCCAAUAGUGCUUGUGGGAACCAAACUUGAUCUACGAGAAGACAAGCAGUAUUUGAUUAAUCAUCCCGGCGCUACACCAAUUACAGCUGCUCAGGGUGAAGAACUCAAGAAGGCAAUUGGUGCUGCUGUUUACAUAGAGUGCAGCUCCAAGACUCAACAGAAUGUCAAGGCUGUGUUUGAUGCUGCAAUCAAGGUUGUUUUGCAGCCCCCUAAACCAAAGAAAAGGCGACGGAAGCCAAAGCCAUGCACAUUCCUCUAAAUCAACUUCAUGCGUCUUCCUUGUAACAGCCACAACCCUUGUCCUAGUCUUCCUCUCCUAUAUAUAUGCCGGUCUAUUGAACCUAUGAUGUUCUGCAGUUUUCGCUCUCUCUGUCUCUCUCUUAUCUUGUUAGUUUAUUUUCGAUGUAUCGUGUUCCUAUGCUUCAAAUGGAUUUUAGGCAAAUACAAAAACCUACAAAUGUAAUAUUUGUGAUCAAACCCAAUUAUGAUAACAUUAUUGUAAAUUGUUGCUCCAUCUAAGCUUUUGCUAGAGACUGUUA